AUGGUGAUGUGGAGGUUGCUCUAGAUCCUCUAUGCGGGAGCCGGCGGGAGCCCACUCACCUCUGUCCUAGCGCGCUGCAGCCCUGGUCCUGGGUCCGAGACAAGCUCAGCCUUCAGGGACCCCACAUGCCGGGUGCAGGGGAGAGCAGGGCCAUCCUGGCCCCUACGUUCCUCACCAUUAGCUCCCCCAAGGGAUCGGUGACAUUCCAGGAUGUGGCUGUGGACUUCACCCGGGAGGAGUGGGGCCUCCUGGACCCCUCCCAGAAGGAACUUUACUGGGACGUGAUGCUGGAGAACUACAGGAACCUGGCCUGCCUAGAUGGGGGCACUAGGCCUCAGACUAAGGAGUCAACUCCAAAGUUAAGUGUUUUUAUGAAAGACUUAUCCCCAACUAGAUCCUUAUGGGAUGACCCUUGCACCUCUGAGAUGGGAAAAGCCCGGGAGUAUUAUGGCAGGUUCAAGCAAGAGCAAAACAAUAAGGGGAAACAUUGUAGGGAAGGAAAAGAAAUCCAAACAGAAGCUGCUGUUGAAGUCAGAGCCUCUGAAUCCUGUGCGUACAGCCAAACCUCCAGCCCAAAGCCAGUCCUCGUUCCACAACAGGGACAAUCUGUAGUAAGAGAUCUCCAUAACAGUGAUAAUCAGAGAAGGAGCUUCACCAUGGAGUCAGACCAAAGACAGUGAACUGCAAUCUAUGCACAAAAGAAUUUUUCUGAGGGGAAGAAAUGUCAGAAAGCUUUCCAUUCUGAUUUAGACCACACUAAGACAUCUGGAAUUCAUGCUGAAGAGCAAUUUCAUGAAAAUGGGAAUU